AACCACAGCCCUGGCUUUCCCUGUCAUCACACACAACCUACUCUCUCUCGCCCUCUCUCUCUUCCGCCUCUCUCCCUCUCUCCUCCUCCACUUUCUCUCUCUAAAAACUUGAAGCACUAGCAUACAAGAUUGAUAGAUAGAUAUAUAUAUUUAUAUAUAGGUUGUUUUGUAUGUAUAGCCGCCUGGUGGGCUUGAAACUUUGAAGGCUUGAGCUCUGCGUGUUGAUCAGGAAUAAUGGCGACAGCGCCAGUGAAGUCGCCGCUGCACAACUUCCCAUUCACAUUCUUGAAAUGGGGGACUAAGAACGCCACUGCCAACAACCACAACCGCAACCGCCGACCCGCCUCCUCCGAACCGGCCUCCGACCCAGACUCCGAACCAGACCGCUAUAACCACGUCGGGUCCUCCCGCGCCGAUCGCUGCCGAUUAUCGUUGAUCCCGUGCUCGGAAAACGAGCGUCGCAGGAGCGAGGAGCGGGAGAGCGAUCAAGAAGAGGAGGAAGCUGAGGUGCUACUUCAGAAGCCAUGGAAUUUGAGGCCCAGAAGAGCUCUGGCGACGGCGUCGUUUCAAAAGGCGAGUGGCCCUAACGCUGCGGCUGCUGCAAACCGGGAAGCGCAGGAACCGGAGGGGCCAAACCGGAGUCAGAGCGAAAUGAUGCAGCAGCAGCAGCCGAAGUCGAUGAGGUUGAGGGGUCUGGCGGAGGGGCAGAGUGUGGAGAAGAAGAAGAAGGAGAAGAGCAAGUUCUGGAUCGCUUUGUCGAAGGAGGAGAUUGAAGAGGACGUGUUCGUGAUGACCGGGUCGAGGCCCCCCAGAAGGCCCAAGAAGCGGCCCAAGAAUGUUCAGAAACAACUCGAUAGUAUUUUUCCUGGGUUGUGGCUGCUUGGUGUCACUGCAGAUGCUUAUAAGUCUGCAGAUUCUCCAUGUAAGAGGUAGAUUUGUAUGGUGACUUGAAGAUUGUGAUUUUCUCGAAACUGCGUAAAUGGAAGUUGCUGCUGCACCUGUGGAGUGGAAGCCUCAAUUUUUUGAGGUAUAAUGUACUCAAUUUUAACAGAAGAAGAAUUGGAAUUUACCCUAUACAAGGCAGAACAAAAAUAUAUAAGAAGGAAAAAAAGAGAAAGGAUAUCUAAUUUCCCUUUCUUUAUGUUUAGUUUAGUUUAGUCUUUUUCGGCUUUAUUGUAUUGCUCAUUAGGGGGCAGGAUGCAGGGUAAAUCUAGUUGCUUUACAUGGAAGUAGGUCUAAUAUGUAUAUGGAGUUUAUAUUAUAUGUGCAUGAUAUAGCGUCAAUUUCAGAACUUUCUCUUGUUAAUGGUAUUCAGCGAUUAGGCUUGUGGGAGAUUUGUUGUGCUUUCGUUUAUUUUUUGAAUGAUUCUGAUAGUUUUAUUAUUUGUAACAUGUAACUGGCUUCCCUACAUCGUUGGGGAGCAGAGUUUUGCAUUGUUCUGCAAACCCUAUUUCAAUACAGAGUUUAGUGACUUUAGUGACUGC